UACUUCCACACACUACUGAGAACACGCGUGAGUCCAUCCUCCCAAAAGUCUCGCCUGAUCAACGAGGGCUGCUGUCGAAUUGUUGUGCUCUGCUAGAAAGUAAUCGUAAAAAGGUUUUGCGUGCUUGUUUUUCGCAAUAUCUUUGAGAGUAUUUAAACAUGAUUAUGUGGAUUGUGGUUUUGAUGGGAAUGCUGGUACUGGAAACAUCUGCAACUGUUCUGCCGAGAAACGAAUCGACGCCUUUCAUUCGGACGUUCUCGGCUUUUUUCGUCACUGUCACCGAUGAGCCAUUCGAUUAUCUGGACGUGCUGGAGGGCAGCGGCUCCGGGUUAGAUCACACAUUCAACCCCAAGAAAGAUGAGCACCAUCCUGUGGCCAAAAAGCGCUACUACAUUUCCCAAGAGGCUUCCAAAUUUCUCACGGGCAGUGUAGUGACCUCUGUUAUUCCGACCAUAUACACUUUAGUGUUCAUUAUAAGCGCUCCUCUGAACCUCCUUGCGCUCGUUAUGUUUGUGCGCAAAGUAAGACCGAAGAAACCAGCGGUGAUUUAUAUGAUGAAUCUGGCCUGUGCCGACCUACUCUUCGUGCUCGUGCUGCCGUUUAGGAUAGCGUACCAUUUCAAUGGAAAUGACUGGAUAUACGGGGCAGGGAUGUGUCGUUUUGUCACGGCUGCUUUUUAUUGCAACAUGUAUUGCUCUGUGUUAUUGAUGAUGUGCAUAAGCAUAGAUCGGUUCUUGGCUGUCGUCUAUCCGAUGGACUCGCUCACUUGGCGCAGUCCUCAAACCGCAUCUGUCGUGUGCGGUGCCAUGUGGCUUCUGUCGAUAGGCGGAGUGACCCCUUUACUGAUCUCCAAUCAGACCAUUACCCUACCUGACCUGGGAAUAACCACUUGUCACGAUGUCCUUGACAUCCAUCAUCUUCGCGGUUAUUACCUAUACUUCUUCCCCAUCAUUUCAUCUCUUUUUUUCUUUAUCCCGCUCAUUUUUAGCACCGUCUGCUAUGUGCGCAUAAUCCAAGCCUUGUGCGCUGCCAACGUGGAAAACCGCGCAAGAAAAACGCGGGCUGUCUUCAUGGCAGUGACCGUGUUUUCUGUUUUUGUGAUAUGCUUCACCCCCACUAAUAUCAUCCUUUUGUCCCAUUACGUGCGCUUUGCUCAUAAGUUUAACGAUCAGUCAUACGCUGCUUACCUGGUGUCCAUGUGCAUAGGGAGUGUAAGCUGCUGUUUCGACCCCCUGAUCUACUACUUCGGGUCGUCGCAAUGCCAAAAACAGGUGCUUGCUUUUCUCAGGUGCCAGGGAGUACAAAGGAUUGAGAGGAGUGCACAGUAUACCAGCAGCACCAGGUCAAGCAAGCUGGAGACCAUUAAAAGCAGCGUCAGCAGCCAGUAUAAAAAGCUGGUGGCAUGAUAGCAACAACUUUGGCGGCUUGAUUCACUCUUAAAAGAAAAUGUUCCAAAAUGCAAAUUUGUUGGGCUGUAUGAUUCCAUAAAGAACCUUAUUCACAAAACCUUUUAAUGGCAUCAAAGGUUUUUUGUAAUGGAAAAAGGUUGUACAGAUUAUAUAAAGGUGAUAAAGAAAUUAAGAACCUUAAACUGUAAGGUUCUUUGAGGAACCAAAAAAGUUUCUUCUGGCAUUCCUAGGAAGAACCCAUUUUUGCACCUUUUAUUUUUAAGAGUGUUUUUUUUUACUCAGCCCCGAUCAUUCAGAUGUUUGAGCUAAUUGCACUAUCAGUGAAAUACUUUCAUUACUGAUAUCUUGUUUUGUGGCAAGAAACAAACAUUUUAAAUGCUCGUUUCUAAAAAAAAAUUAUAGAUUUCUGCUUUAUUUUUGUAUGCCUUUGUACUGUGAGCUAAUGUAUUCAUUACUUAAACACAUGUACAUACUAAAUGUAUGUAAGGGCUCAAAUAAAAUUGUAUAUACUGAAUAUAUUUCUGGGUUUACUCAAAUAUGCAUACUAGCUGCUAGCUGACUGGUCUUUUCUUGAUUAUGCUUUUUUAAGUUAUAAAUAUUGUCACAAAAAUGAUUUUAUGAUAAUCAUGUAAAUAAAGUAUGUCACAAUUUAUCAGUGUAUCACUACUCAACUGUA